CGAGUUGAAUUAAUCUCAAUUUACGUGGACUCGUUAAAGUUAGAACCGUUACGGAUCUUCUCCAUUCAAGCACUGAGGAUGAGAAAUCAUGAGCUACUCGCUUGCUCGCACGUCAUCAAAAGCAUCUUUGUAGACAAAUAAAACAAUGGGGUCACUGGAGCUAACAUUUCCCAAUCAUCAGAUUAUCGAAGACAUGAAAAAAGACAUCAUAGGAGAAGACUUUGUAUUUCAAGGACCAUUUGGGCCCAGAAAAUGUUUGUAUUUAGAUCAAACUGCCAGUGGCAAACCUUUGAAAAGCGUGGAGACCUUUGUUAUGCAAAAUAUUCUUCCAAUAUAUGCAAAUACUCACAGUACGACAUCAUUUUGUGCCUCGCAAGUUUCUCAAUACCGGGAAGAAGCUCGAAAUAUUGUGAAAGAAUCCUGUGGUGGGUGUGACGAUGACGUCGUCAUAUUCUGUGGAUCAGGGAGUACAGGAGCAAUUCAUAAGUUGGUUCAUGCCAUUGUUGAAGAGAGGGAUCCAUCCCCAGUUGUUAUUCUGGGCCCAUUUGAACAUCAUAGUAAUAUCCUUCCUUGGAGAAAUGUGGCUCACAAGGUCAUUGUCAUUCCGGAAGAUGAGCAUGGCUUACUGGACAUUAAGCAUUUGGAGAAAGUGUUGGAGAAACUUGAAGCUGACAAAGUAUUUCAAAAUCGCAUAGUAAUUGGUGCUUUCUCAGCGGCAUCCAACGUCACAGGGGCUGUGACCGAUGACAUUGCUGUGACAAUUAUGAUGCAUAAAUAUGGAGGAUUUUCAGUCUGGGACUAUUCAGCUGCGGCUCCACAUGUAACAAUUGAUAUGAAUCCUGACACAGGAUACGAACAUUUAAACAAGGCUGCAAAGAAGGAUGCAAUUUUCUUUUCGGGACACAAGUUCACCGGAGGCCCACAAACGACAGGAAUUUUGAUGGCGAAAAAGUAUGCUUUUUUGAACCCGGUGCCUGACGGUGGCGGUGGGGGAGGCACAGUUCUUUUCGUUACAAAAACUCACCACCAAUAUUUACAUGAAAUCUUUGAAAAAGAAGAAGCUGGAACACCAAAUAUUAUUGGGUCAAUUCGGCUAGGUCUUGUUCUCCAGUUGAAGAAUAAUAUAGGAACACCGUUGGUGGUCAGAAGAGAAAACAAUUUUGUGAGAAAAGUACUUGAAGCUUGGAGUGCAGUUCCGGAAAUAAAAAUCCUGGGAUAUACUUCAAUGCCUCGCUUGCCCAUUGUUUCGCUGCUCAUUCAACAUUUACAAACGGGAAUGUUCUUGCAUCACGACUUUGUCGUUGGCUUACUAAAUGAUCUUUUCGGAAUACAAUGUCGCGGAGGUUGCAUGUGUGCUGGCCCUUUUGGACAGAGUCUCUUGGGAAUAAACGAAGAGCUAGCUAAGGAAUAUGAAAGAAUCCUGCCUCAACCAAGAAAAUCAGACUCUCAACACCUUGAAACAUUUAACAUGCUUUUCAAACCUGGAUUCAUUCGUAUUUCAUUGCCCUUCCAUGCCUCCGAUGAAGAUAUAGAUUUUACAAUCGACGCUGUAAAGUUUGUCGCCAAGCAUGGUUACAAGUUUUUGCCUUAUUACUCAUUUAAUAUUGAAAAUGGAACCUUCCGAUUCACGGAAGGCCCGUGCUGGACGGAAGUAAUUGCAAACAAACUGCAUUCAUUCAAUCUUCCCAGUGAAGAUUCACUAAUAGACAAAACAUCCGAAGACGAUCACCCAAGUUACUCUGAAUGCUUAGAAUAUGCCGAGAACGUUGCGUCAAUUGUACAUUUGGUGGACAGUCCUCACAGCAGUACUGGUGACGAUACCAAAGCAUUUUCCGAGGAAUUGAGACCAUUGCGCUGGUUUUUACUCCCAUCUGAAGCCACAAGAUGCAUAAAGGAUCCUAAAUCCGUGACAAAAACGAGGUGUCCCUUCACUCCUCGGUCUGACUAUAAGAAUCACGAAUACGGAAAUAAUCCCGAACGGUGGGCGAACGGGAGCAUUCCUCACCAAAUUUGCUCUAUAUUAAAGCAAGAGUCCUCCUCUGACACGAUACUAACUUCUUCACAAGUGUCCGAGUUGUUCAGGAAAUUGAGGUUGGAGGGAUGCGCAACGAUCUCCAAGGCCAAGAGAAAAGUAAGCAAUGCUACUUCCGGGUUCAUGGACGAUUCGUCCUCGUAUGACGAGGAAAGGUGUGACUUGUGUAAAUCGUCAAAUGUUAAGCGUUAGUAAGACUGAUAUACUACAUUAAUAAAAUAACAUGUAAAGCCAA